AUGCGCAGCGAGGACCCCUCCGCAUACACCACUCCUAAUGACCCUGCCACCUGGCUGCGCGACGACCACCGCAUCAUUCUCUAUACGCUCGUCAGUCUUGCACUCGUCGUCGGUGGUCACCGCACCUGGCGCGAAUACCAUCGUUACAAGGAAAAUGCGGCCCGGCGAGCGAAGAUAGCCCGUCUUGUCGAGUCGACGCGCAAGGAGAAGGAAAGAGAGCGAAGAGUGGGACUUGGGCUUACUUUAGAUGCGGUGGACAGGGACAAUGUAAAUGUCACGUCGCCGCCACCCGCAGUGGCAGUUACCCAUGGCACUCCCGAAGCGCCUCCCGACCUUCCGCGUGCCAGCUCAAGCAAGUCCGUGGUCUCGUUAACGUCGGUACAGGACUCGAGGAGCAGCGGAGAAAGUGCCACCGCGACGAAGAGACCGAAAGACCGUCGGAAACGCGGAAGAGACGUGCACAAAGAGUUCCUCAAGCAGGAACGCAAGAAAGGCGCUACUAUUCCCACUGUCGUUGCUGGCUCUUCAACCUCGUAUGAACAUUCUCGCGGAACAGCACUCCUUCAAGUUCAGACGACGACCUCAGGGUCUGACGCCGAUGCUUCACGCUCGCGCUCGUCGUCGCGUGCACGCUCUCACUCAAUAUCCGACUAUGACGACGGUUCCACCGAGGAUACCCCGAGACCGCAGUCCAAGCACGCCGAGUCAUCUACAUCUUUGCGAUUUACUCCGCCCCCGCCGGACACUGCGACACAACGUGCACAUGACACCGACGGACGGAGUGAAUGGCCGUCCGUCUCAUGGUCGGCCCCAUUACCACCUCUUGACGUAGCCGAAGCUACGCAUGCAUCAAAUUCGAAUUUGAAUGUUAUUGAUGAAACGAAUACAGGAGCACACAUAGGAAGGGUCGAUGAUAUUAAUCCUACUACACAACGAAAGGCCCGUACGCCUACGCCGCCGCUCACCCAUAGCGGUCCUUCGAGUACUACCUCUGGGUCCAUCUCCUCGAGCUCCACUUCCGCAGGCGCGAGCUCACCUCCUUUGCACUCUCUUAAUCUCGACCUCAUCAUUGAAGACGGUGAAUCACAACCAGAGGCUGUGACGAUUUCCCAGCCCAUACCGUCCGUUCCCACCGUCAAGUCUCAGCCGCCUUGGCUCGGCUCCGAUUCACGCAUUCCAUCUCGGCACAGACCAGAUGACAGUCGGAACAAACAACACCCACAGAAAACGCUCUCAUCUAGUUCUGCGGCGUCUUUUGCUACAUCGGAUGCGAGCGCGAGCGGAAGCCCGACUGUGCCCUGGGAGAACGAGAGCGGUUAUGCAAGUGCGGCCGCGACGUUCUAUGGUGCACGGCGCCGAGGGAGCAGGAGUCCCCCGCCUCCACCACGGUUUAGAUCGUUAUCCCGGACGGCAGGUUCACCGUAUCAUCAGAAUUCUCACAACCUACCUGGGGUGAACCCGGGAUUUCUGGUAACUGGAAUGUCGCCGAGUCCCACGCCACCACCAUCAGCACCUCCGCAUGGAAAUGGACAAGGUGUAACGUCUCCGGCGUACCGGAAUACACUUGACCAGGCCAGAAGGAGAGAGGAAGCUCAGAGACGUGAAGCCGAGAGGUAUCGGCACGAAUGUGAAAUGCUAAAGUUACGGUGGAGUGAAGAUGUGGAGAGGGGACGCAGGAGAGAGGCUGAGCUGCAAGCACAACUUCAGCAAAUGACGAAUCACAUGCACGCGCUUUCUUUGACGAUGUCACAAAUGCAGAUGUAUUCUCAUCCUUACAUGACUCAUCCGCAUCCGAAUUCGCAUCCACACGCACAACAUAAUCAACAACAACAACAGCUCUCACAACAAACGCGUUCCGGCUUUGCGGUGCAUCCCCACCUCCCUCACAUGUCUACCAUGCCUCCCAUACCCUCCGUUCCCCCGGUACCUGGAUCUGGACCGUACGGCUACCCACCAUCACCGUUCAAUAGUCCGGGUCCGGCAGCUCCCACGUCAAUUCCGAGACCAGGACACGGGGCGUCACCACAUUCAUACCCUCUUGUAAAUAUUACAGCUCUUCCGCAUAUGGCACCUCGCUCUUGUUCAAUGCCGAGUUCUGUGAACGGGUCUCCGGCGAGGGAAUAUGCGUUUGGCUUUGGUGGUGGGUUCGUUUCAGGGGUGGGAGAUGCUGCGGGUGUACUUAGUGAGGGGGACCAAAGCAGAGAAGAAGGUUCGAAAGGUCAAGAGGAGAGAAACGAAGAGGAAGUAGGAGAGGAUAUUAACGAGGAGCUCGCAGAAGCUAUUUUGAAGAGACCGGGGACUAUACGAUCUGCUUCUGCUGGGUCGGCUGGGUCUCGGAGGUCGGGGUCAGGCUCGGCCGGGACGUCGCCGACUUCGUUUGGUGGACUUGGACUUGGGGUCGCCGCCCCAGGAGCUCUUGGAGGGGGUAUGAGGACUACAAGUGUUGUGGGUCGAGCGACGCGUGAUGGGUUUACGUUUGCCAGUCUGUCUGAAUUGGGGAACCCGCAGCCUAGGUCGUUCAGGGAUGAGAGAGACGAGGAGGAGUGGUUGGUAUUCGACUCAGAUCGACGGGAUGAAGGGAACGUCGACUCAGAGGGGGAACGGGAAUGGGAGGGAGGAGAGGGCGACGCGAGAGAUGACGGGGAACACCUGCAAGACGAUACAUCGUUUGGGCAUGAGCGACCUCUAUGUGAAGAUGUUCAUACGAGUGCAAGCGAAGCAACCGGGAAUGUAGACGAGGGCUCCGAGAAGGAUAAGUAUUGAGAGCGAUGAUAUUGUUGAGCGGGUGGAAGUUGAAGAGGUGAAAGGAAAGAAAACAAGACGAGACUCAAAAUGAAACACGCUAUAUCACCAUGAUUGAUCAUUAAAUUCAUUUGUUGAAUGAUAUCCUAAUAUCCC